AUGGCCGCCGCUGAGGAGGCUUGUGGUGCUGGGGCCGACGCGGACCGGGAAUUGGAAGAGCUUCUGGAAAGUGCUCUUGAUGAUUUCGAUAAGGCCAAACCCUCCCCAGCACCCCCUCCUACCACCACGCCCCCUGAUGCUUCGGGGCCCCAGAAGAGAUCGCCAGGAGACACUGCCAAAGAUGCCCUCUUCGCCUCCCAAGAGAAGUUUUUCCAAGAACUGUUUGACAGCGAGCUGGCUUCCCAAGCCACUGCAGAAUUCGAGAAGGCCAUGAAGGAGUUGGCUGAGGAAGAGCCCCAUCUGGUGGAGCAGUUCCAAAAGCUCUCAGAGGCUGCCGGGAGAGUGGGCAGUGAUGCAACCUCCCAACAAGAAUUUACAUCUUGCCUGAAGGAGACACUAAGUGGACUCGCCAAAAAUGCCACUGAUCUUCAGAACUCAGGCAUGUCAGAGGAGGAACUGACCAAGGCCAUGGAAGGGCUGGGCAUGGAAGAAGGGGAUGGGGAAGGGAACAUCCUCCCCAUCAUGCAGAGUAUCAUGCAGAACCUACUGUCCAAGGACGUGUUGUACCCAUCACUGAAGGAGAUUACAGAAAAGUAUCCAGAAUGGUUGCAGAGUCACCGGGGGUCUCUUCCUCCAGAGCAGUUUGAAAAAUAUCAGGAACAACAUAGUGUCAUGGGCAAGAUAUGUGAGCAGUUUGAGGCCGAGACCCCCACAGACAGCGAGGCCACUCAGAAGGCUCGUUUUGAGAUGGUGCUGGAUCUCAUGCAGCAGCUACAGGAUUUGGGCCAUCCUCCAAAAGAGCUGGCUGGGGAGAUGCCUCCUGGCCUCAACUUUGACCUGGAUGCCCUCAAUCUGUCAGGCCCACCAGGUGCCAAUGGCGAACAGUGUCUGAUCAUGUGAAACACAACACGCGUUCGGCCCUGAUUCCCAGCCAUGGGGAACAUCUGGAGUCAGCAGAACCACUGGGAGCCGAGGCAGGAGUGUCGUCUGCAAGAGCAGUCUGCCCACUGCCCUCUGUCAUCCCAGCUGAGAUUGUGCCAUACCAGCUGAGGCUUUUACUCUGUCUUUCUGGUAAUAAGGCCUAUUGUGCGGGCCGUUUCUGUGAACCCUAUCCGUUGUGGUUUCUGCUGCUAGCAAAGGCCCAGCUACCUACCAGGUGAAGGAAAGCAUCCCUUUGGGGGCAUGCCCUUCUUCCCCCUCCCAACUAAUGUUAUAUAUGGCCACACUGAUGUUCACUUUUACAUCCAGGGUCUUUGUGCCUUGUCUCUACUCCCUCUCUCGGACUGGGGAGCAGAGACAGAGUCCUGGGGCUCCGUGUUUCUCUAGUUCUUUUGGGAAGAGCCUUUGGAAAUGAAUGGGGAGAAAUUCAGCCUGGGCUGGGGCUCUCGGUCUGUCACCGUGUCCUCUUGCCUUCAGACAGACCGUUGGGAAUUCCGUGGAGGGAAAGGAAGUAGGGGCUUUUGCCUCUGAUCACAGUAGGGUUGAAAGAGAAGCCCUGGGAUUCUCCUCUCGCCAGGUGCUGAGCCUCCAGGUCCCUGGUGUAGUUUGAGAACUCAAGUCACCAGCUUGGGUCUUUGUAUGACGCUGUGUGAUCUGGGUGAACCCAGCCCUUGACCUUCCUGUGCCCCCUGCCUCUCCUCCUCUUCUCUCUUUUUAAAUACCUGUUUAUCCCAGCCCUUCUCUGCACCCAAGCUGUGACAUGGAAGGGCCAUCCACUACUCUGAUUGGCCUCCUCCCUGGAAAACAUACAUAAUUACAGUGUCAGGUCUAGGAAAUGAAAGACCGUUCUUCCCCAGAUGUGUUCUGGCUUAUUUGAGACCUCUGAUUUCUCUGAAUCCUGUCCCUUGAUUAAGCAGGUGACUUGGGAACGGGAGUGGGGUGCAGCUCGGGUCCUUUCUCUUGACUA